AUGGCGUCCCUGGGAGACGACCUUCUCGGCACUGUCAACAAGUUGCAAGACCUGGUCUUCAACACCAUCGGCAGCGACUCGCUCGAUCUUCCCCAGAUUGUUGUUGUCGGUUCGCAGUCGGCCGGAAAAUCCUCCGUUCUCGAAAACAUUGUGGGCCGUGAUUUUCUGCCCCGCGGAAGUGGCAUUGUGACCAGACGACCUCUGAUUCUGCAACUGAUCAACGUACCCGAAGAUGAGGAUGCUGCCGACCCUCUGUCAGAUCCCUACAGGUCUCCCGACAUUGCCAGGCGAUCCGAGUGGGCCGAGUUUCACCACAUUCCGAACCGUCGCUUCAACGACUUCUCCGACGUGAAGCGCGAGAUCGAGAACGAGACGUCGCGUGUGGCGGGCAACAACAAGGGUAUCAAUAGGCAGCCCAUCAACCUCAAGAUCUACUCGCCGCAUGUGCUCAACCUAACUCUCGUCGAUCUUCCUGGACUCACAAAGGUUCCUAUUGGCGACCAGCCUACCGAUAUCGAGAAGCAAACCCGCAACCUCAUCUCCGAGUACAUUGCCAAGCCCAACAGCAUCAUCCUCGCCGUUUCGCCCGCCAAUGUCGAUAUCGUGAAUUCGGAGGCUCUGAAGCUUGCCCGGCAUGUUGAUCCGCUGGGAAGGAGGACGAUUGGCGUGCUCACCAAGGUGGAUCUUAUGGACCACGGCACAAACGCACUGGAUAUUUUGUCUGGUCGUGUCUACCCGUUGAAACUGGGCUUCAUUGGCGUUGUCAACCGCUCCCAACAAGACAUUCAGGGUAGCAAGCCCAUGGAGGAGGCCCUCAAGGCCGAGUCGGAGUUUUUCAGGCACCACCCGGCAUAUCGCAACAUUUCAAGCAGAUGCGGCACACACUUCUUGGCUAAGACCUUGAACACGACCCUGAUGGCUCACAUCCGCGAGCGCAUGCCCGACAUAAAAGCGCGCCUCAACACUCUGAUGGGACAAACCCAACAAGAGCUGGCAAGCUAUGGUGACAUGCAUUUUAGUGGUAAGGAGCACCGUGGAUCCCUCAUUCUGCAACAGAUGACACGCUUUGCCACCUCCUUCAUCUCUUCCAUUGAUGGUACCUCGACCGAGAUUUCCACCAAGGAACUGUGCGGUGGCGCCCGCAUUUACUAUAUUUUCAACUCCGUCUUCGGCAGCUCUCUUGAGUCCAUUGACCCGACUUCCAACCUUUCGGCGCUUGAUAUUCGAACCGCCAUCCGUAACUCGACCGGCCCUCGUCCUAGUUUGUUUGUGCCAGAGAUGGCCUUUGACCUUCUCGUCAAGCCUCAAAUCAAGCUUCUCGAAGUCCCUAGUCAACGAUGUGUCGAGCUUGUCUACGAGGAACUCAUCAAGAUAUGCCACACUUGUGGCUCCACCGAGCUGUCUCGCUUCCCAAGGUUGCAAGCCAAGCUGAUCGAAGUUGUAUCUGAUCUGCUACGUGAGCGCUUGGGACCAACUUCUGGUUACGUCGAAUCCUUGAUUUCGAUCCAGCGAGCGUACAUCAAUACCAACCACCCUAACUUCCUGGGCGCCGCCGCCGCCAUGAGCCAUGUUGUUAGCAACAAGCAAGAGAGAGAGAGAAAGCGUCUCAUCCAAGAAGAGCGAGAAAAGCGGGAGAGGAGGCGCCUCAAAGAGCUGGGUACCAAUGGUACCGAGGGACCAGAGGAGGAGGAGACGGAGUCGACAAUCACCGAAAAGGCCGACUCUAAUGCUUUGCGAAAGCAGGCGAGCAAGGGAGCGCGUAGUCUAUCGCCGGGUGUGCGUGAAAACGGCACCACCGGCCUGAAUGCGGCCCUGAACGGCGCACGAUCGGCCUCUCCCUCAAGAUUCAACGAUAAGGGUCUCGGCGGCGCGCGUGACUCCUUCUUAACAUACUUCUUUGGCAAAGACGGAGCCUCGCCCAUGGGAAUCCCCCCUUCAUCCAACUCCUCCAUUGCCCGACACGUCAGCCAGAGUUCCGAACCAACGUUUUCACAGAGCAUUCGUCGGACCGAAGAUAAGGUAGCCUUGCGCGCACCACAGUCCUCGGCUCGCGACGAGCUGGAGUUUGGCAAGGCUGCACAGUCCGUCGAUUACGGAUCUCUAUUCGGUACGGCCAGCGGCGAGCCGGCCAUGACAGAGCGGGAAGCGAUGGAGACGGAGCUCAUCCGAGCACUCAUCUCUUCCUACUUCAACAUUGUGCGUGAGUCCAUUGCGGAUCAAGUUCCCAAGGCUGUCAUGCAUCUGUUGGUGAACCACUGCAAGGAUGUGGUCCAGAACCGACUUGUCAGUGAGCUAUACAAAGAGACACUCUUUGAGGAGCUCCUGUACGAAGACGACGGCGUCAAGAAGGAGCGUGAGAAGUGCGAAAAGCUGCUUCAAACGUACAGAGAGGCGGCCAAGAUCAUUGGCGAAGUGUUAUAG